CAUUUCGAAGCCAUCAAGUUCCACACCGCCUCGGGCAAAGCAAAGCUCGCCGGCGUCGCGCUCUGUGUCGCCGGGGUCCUCGUCAUCGCCCUCUAUGCCGGCCCGCCGCUCAACCCCCUCAACCACCACCGCGCCUUCGCUGCCGCCAUGGCCGGCGGGAAGCAAGGGGAUUGGAUGAAAGGCACGUUCCUGAUGCUCCUGGCCAACCUGACGUGGUCGCUCUGGAUCGUCCUCCAAGCGCGCCUCCUCACGGAGUACCCCAACAAGUUGCUGGCCACGACACUGCAAUGCCUGCUCAGCACGGCACAGUCCCUCGCCCUGGCGGCUGCGAUGACCGCUUUCGGGAAGGACAUGUCCGUCGUGUGGAGGCUACGGCUGGAUGUGGGGCUCGUCGCCGUGGCCUACUCCGGGUUCGUGGUGACGGGGGUGUCCUUCUACCUGCAGGCGUGGUGCAUCGAGAGGCGAGGCCCGGUGUUUCUGGCCAUGACUAAUCCGGUAGGGCUCGUGCUCACCAUGUUCUGCUCCUCCUUCUUCCUCGGUGAGGUCGUUCACCUCGGCAGCGUCCUUGGCGGGGCGCUGCUGGUCGCCGGGCUGUACAGCGUGCUCUUGGGGAAGAGCAAGGAGCAGCAACAGCCACCGCCACCGCCACCGCCACCGCCACCUAGUCUAGCUCCUGCAUCAGCAGCAUCCACCGUGAAACAAGGAUGCUGCAGUAGUAACGCUCGUAAUGGUGACAAGGAGGAUAAGAUAAAGUUGGAGGAGAAGAAUAUCAAGAUGGCUUCACAGGUGUAGCUGCGAAAUACAGGGUUCUCUUACGGGCAUGCAUCAAGCAGGUCGGCCACGAGGAGUUGUUAGUUUGACAGAGACUCUUGAGUGAAAUGUAUAAUAGUUCACCCAUCUGAGCACAAGCAAUGUAUUAUUGGAAACUUUAUUAACGAACAUCUAGUAACAAACUAA